UACUCCACAUCGACGUCAUGGCUACAUAUCGAAAGAAUGAUCACGUAGUGUAUGAACAGCAGCUCUCUAAAAAGUGUUCAAUAUUGGCACACACGCACACUCUUAUUAUCAACACCACCAGACACUCACAAUGGGUGGCCUCGACUUCGCCUCCCUCUCCACGAUCCCUAUUAGCUACGCAACCUGCUCGCUCGGCUCGCCGAACUCGCCACCGCCGCUCCUCGACCGCCUCGAUGCCAUCUCCAAAGCCGGCUUCUCUGCCGUCGAGCUUUCCUUUCCGGACAUCUUGUCCUACGGGCAGACGCUGCUGGGCCACGAAGUACAACCCAAGAACUACGGCGAGCUGGAGAAGGUUGCGACAGAGAUCAAGAAGGAAUGCGACAAGCGCAGCCUAGGCAUUAUGAUGCUGCAGCCCUUCGCCAACUUCGAAGGCUGGCCACAAGGCUCGGACGAGCGAAACGACGCGUUCGAGCGCCUGCACGGCUGGAUCAGAAUCAUGCAGGCCGCAGGCACAGACAUGCUGCAAGUCGGGUCCACGGACUCGCAGCUAGAACAACUAGACCAGAGUCGCAUCGUGCCAGAUCUACAGGAGCUCGCCGAUAAGCUGGCGCAACAUGGAUUCCGCGUUGCCUACGAGAACUGGUGCUGGUCAACUCACGCCCCAGACUGGAAGCACGUGUGGGACAUCGUCCAGCAAGUCGAUCGCCCGAACAUCGGGCUGUGCCUCGACACGUUCCAGACCGCGGGCGGCGAGUGGGCGGACCCACGGACCGCGUCGGGGCUGCGGGAGGACGUGUCGAAGGAGCAGAUGGAGACGCGGUUUCAGCAGAGCCUUGAGGAACUCGGUAAAUCGGUUCCCAAGGACAAAAUUUACCUGCUGCAGAUCAGCGAUGCGUACAGAGUCCCGCAAGCGCUGAAGGAUGAGCGUGAUGGUGACGGCUUGCUGCCCCGUGGCCGGUGGAGUCACGACUUCAGACCGCUGCCGUACAACGGCGGCUACCUUCCUGUCGCAGACGUGGCACGUGCUGUGCUCAACACCGGCUUCCGGGGAUGGUUCAGCUACGAGGUUUUCGACGGCGGGAAAGACGGUAAGAGUGGCGAUGUCGAUAUCGUGGCGUAUGCGCGUGCGGCAAAAAACGUGCAGGAAAGACUGCUCGCUGAGUGCGCUGGCGAGAAGAUUCCAGAGGAAGUCGCGACACGAUAAGCUGUCGACAGCAUGACGUCACGUGGUUUCUAAAAGGCGAGUAUAUGUGUAACGGAAUAUAUAUCAAUGGUAACAAACGAACUGAAUCAACUCUCUCCUCCCU